GCGUAACUGUGAAGUAAGAAAAUGCUUCUUCUUUAAAAGAAGAUUUAAUGUGAAGUUCUCCCUUGGUUGAAAAGAAUGAAGCACAUCUCUGGAAUGCUCAGUGUAGCACUAUAUAUACAGCUUCAGUAGGUUGUUUGUUCUGGGAAGUCCCACACUCUGCUAUUUAUUACAAGCCACACUCAGCAAAAAUGAAACUAAGUUGCAGCUGCAUCUGGGAAGGUAACUGUGUUACUUGUGACAGGGGAUCAUGCAAAGCAGAGUGUGAAGAGAUGGGAGAUCAGCAAUAUUCUGGACACCGGUAUUUCACUAUGUACCAUGGCACUACAAUGGACAAGGCUAUGAAAAUCCUAAAGGAGGGCUUCAUCCCAUCCGCUGACGGCAUGCUAGGACGUGGCGUCUACUUGAGCCGGAGUUUUGACAAGGCCUCUCGAUAUCCAAUGUACAGACAAGCAGGAGAGAAGCUAGCCGUCCUCAAACUGAGUGUACGAGUGGGAAAAGUGAAGAAGAUCGAUUAUCAAGGCCAUCCCCUGCAGAAGACGUGGCACGAUCAUGGAUACGACACAGCUUGGGUCCCUCCUAACUGCGGGAUGGUGUCCAGUGGAUUGGAGGAGGACUGUGUGUAUGAGCCAUGGAGGAUCAAAGUAGAGGAGAUUAUAACAAACGACUGCUGUUGGGGACAGAAAUUCACUGAUCUAAGUCAUCUGAUCAGACUGCAGCAGGUGGAGGACACUUUCAGGAAAAAAAGAUACCAAACGGUCACUGUGGUGGUAUCCUCAAGAACAUCACACCUCCUGGUUCCUAUCACCACCACUGUAAAGAAAUCAGUCUAUAUGUGCAGGAACUACCACAUUGGACUGACCCCAUGCCCUGUCUACCCAGGUCAGAGGGUAUAUACCAUGUUUCAUGGCACCACCAUGUCUGCUGCAGUAAAGAUCAAGCGCUACGGUUUCAGGCGCUCCACAGGCGGCAUGUUAGGUGCUGGUGUCUACGUGUCACGGAGCUUUCAUAAAGCCAGCCACUACCCUCUGUACAAACCACCUGGGCAAAGACUGGCUGUCCUCAAGCUGAGUGUACGUGUGGGUAAAGUGAAGAAAAUCAACAGGCAGGGACACCCCUUACAGAAAACCUGGCACUGUAACGGUUAUGACACAGCCUGGGUCCCACCUAACUGCGGCAUGGUCCCCAGCGGACUGGAAGAGGACUGUGUUUGGGAUCCCAGUCGAAUUAGAGUGCUGGAAAUUAUCCCAAGAUAAGAACAAUAUCUUUAUAGUGUGAUGUUAUUACACAGAAUGUAAUACUGAAGUCAGUAGUGCAGGCUGUGACUGUAACCUGGAGCUGUUCAAUCAGUAGACAAUUGUUUCUGUAAAAACAGUUUCUCUGAUUUGUAAUCAGUGUAAAUAAAGAUUAAAAUGUUUGACUUCAUGACAUGAAUA